UUGUUAAUAAACAAAACGGAAAGAAAUACAACAAAAAUAUUUCUUUCUGUGUUUGAAGAUCAUUGUAUCAUUGUCCUAUUGCUGAGAUCUCAUCUCUUAAACAAUCUUUGAAUGGCAUCGAAUAAUCAACAACGACAACAACAAGAUCGACCAUUGCCAAAAUUUGGAGAAUGGGACGUGAACGAUCCAGCAUCAGCCGAAGGAUUCACGGUCAUAUUCGCCAAAGCUCGAGACGACAAGAAGACAAACGCUAGUGGUCGUGCCACGUCGCAACGCCGUGAUAAUAACAAUAACAAAAAGCAAGAAGCACCUACGAAGAAAUGGUUCUGCUGUUUCUGAGUAAGGAACAUCAUCAUCAAGAAAAGCCGAGUCAGUAAACAUUUGUAAAAUCAAAUUGUUAGAUCAUCGAAAAACAGCUUCAUAUAUUCACUGCAUCUGAAUAAAAA